AGUCGCUGCACGUUUUGAUGCCACGAGCGGACCGUCUUUUCUCGGACUCUCUUCCUCGUGAUCGCUUGCGUGUCUUGUCCGACGACAAAGCCCUGACCUCGUGCUCCGAGAAGAAGGCCCCCGCUGCGACAAGCCAGACCGUGUUCAGACUCAUACCAAUACCAUCCUCACCAACGGACAGAGACACGCAUUUCUCGCAUUUCUGCGGUCAAGAUAUAUUGUGCCAGAUAUAUACCGUGUCGGUGGAUAUAUGCCACCAGCAGGAAAAGGGUACGACGUCAGACGGUGCGUAUCCACCCACCCUCAGGGCCCAAUGGCACACACCCGGGCAGCCAACGUCCCCACGGACCGGAGACGUAUGCUUAUCAUUGCGGGAUGACGUGCAGGAUCCAACAGCCCGGGAGGAUAUCGCAUGUGACCAGGGCACGAGGGAGGACGGCGACGUCGACUAGCUGAGUGAGGCUCUGCAAGCCUGGCGUGGGGCUGCAUGUUCUGCAUGCCGGCGGCGUGUGUUUGCGCAGGAGGGUGUCCCAAGCAGGCAACCGGACGAGGCUGAGAGACUAUAAUAACACGAGGCGUGUUUCUGAACGCGUUGGUGAGGCUGCUUUGCCACACGAAGGUAUACGCAACACCAUUCGUGCCCAGAUCGCACACUCACUGAACCUGAGAUACUGAUACUGCCUUGCAGGCAGACCCAGGCAGACAGGUUACGGUGAUUGGUUGUUGUCAGGUGUAGUCACAGGCAAAGCACCAGCCUGGAACCAAGCCCCGUAUCAGACGCCUCGCCUGUUGACAGAGGCAGCAAUGGUUUGGUAGGCCUCUGAGAGGUAUAUAUCUCGUGCGUUUACGGCGCCGUCGACCUGGUCGUCACCGCCAGUGCCAGUUGGCGGUCAGAACCUUUUAUGGUCUGACAUUUGUCAUCUCAAUCCUUCAACUCCCACGAGAAUAAGACGGGGUCUUGGGGAAAGUUGUGGACGCGCAAGCUGCGAGCUGCGAGCUGCUCGGGUGUUCCUGGCGGCUCCUGCCUGGUUCCUGGUUCCUGGCGGCUGUUGGCGGUUGUUCCGUGCUGUCCUUUGCUCCACCGUACUUAUUCUGUGCCGUGUCGUUGCUGUUGAAGAGGCCCGGCCGUCUGCGCCAUCCUAUCUUAUAUUUCGACCUUGUGCGCUCAGUCAGGGUCACGCCGGCGGUGCGCGCCGUUUGACACUAGCAGCUGGGCAAUUUGGGCGGGACAAAGAGACUCUACCGAGAAAGCACGAUCCUUGGAACCGGCAAGGUGCGCUCGGCUGUGGUCUUAGGGUAGUCGCAGCUGCAUCGCUCGCCUCACUGUUGCAGUCGAGUCCGGUCGCGGCUGGCUCUCAUAGACUAACGGCCUCACCUUCCCGCGCUGGCUGAAGAACCUCAUCUCACCCUCCUCUCAAGCUUCCUUCCCUUCCCUCCUUUAUCCACUUGGCCUGGUCGUUCUUGCGGCACAACAGGCUCGUGCACCGCCUCCUGCCGCCUCGGCCAACAUCUGACGAGUGCAGGCCACCACUUCUCUCCUGUCCUUGACGCGACUCGGGCUCGUUUCUUGCCCAACCGCAGGCCCGAAUUCCAUCUCAUCUGCCAACUCAUCUCGGUCGAAUCAACCUCUCGAGUGACGGAAGCCUUGAGGUCGACGAGUGAAGACCACGCAACAAGUCGCUAGGCACCACCGCCGCCUCAUACUUCACUCCUACCCGGCACCGAAGGAGGGAGCCAGUCUGAAGCAGCCUGUCCAUCAACCUGCUGCUUCAACUCUCUCCUCUGGCCCCUCCAAAGAAACAAACCAUUGUUCUCUUUGUCUUACCGGCCGUCACAUCGUUGAGAUCGUGGCCACCCGUCUGCCUCCCGUCUGCGUCUAGAUCUACGGCUUCGCGACUAGGCAUCAACCUCGAGCUGUGUCGACCCGGCUUACGCUUUCCUGAGAGCAUAUACUUCCCGAUCGACAUCUCGACUUCCAUUCUCCCCGAGAGCAUCGUGGUCGUCGCAGACUCUCUGCCAGCAUGGCCCCCUCACUUGAGUUGUUCCUCAAGAUCUCCUACUAUGCAUACCCGACUCUCGUAUUCGCUUACUACAGCGUCUGUUACGCAGUUGCAACAUGCACUCUGCAAACAACGCCCUCGAAAGAGCAGCACCCUCGCCGGCGGCUCAUGACGGCUCUGAUGCUUCUCGCCAUUCUCACUUAUCUGUCACAAGCAUUGCUCAUCCUUUUCUCGCCGAGCCCCGUUCGACAGGACGCCAUUGUCGGGCUUCUCGCCUGUGUUUUGGUCUUCGGCCUUGAGUUGGCCAUCCUGCAUGAUACAGAAUCUCCUCUGUGGUACAUCUAUCUUGGCUCGUACGCCCUCGCACUUGUUUUUGAUCCGCUGCUGGAAUUGUUGUCUCUGCAUCUUAACCCAGGCGCGUACUCGAAAUCGAUCUGCUUCGUGGAUGUCUCACUGGUUGCCGUACGGCUCAUCUGCAUCGUCACCGCUUUUCUCACGUACUUCGCUUGGAGGGGUGGGAGAAGCGCCAGGGAAUCCGGGACCGACGCUGAACGACAAUCGCUAAUUCGAAAGAAGGCCUUGGGAGGUUCUGAAGAGACUUUGGUCUCCGAGUACGGUGCGACCGAUACGAAUUCGGACGACAACGCCAAGUCAUCAAGCAAGAGCCCCGAAUGUGAAUGGGAACGCCGUCAGCGCUUGGCCAAGGAGCAGAGGGAUAAGCGUCUCAAAGAGACAGGUUCCUGGUGGACCUAUGCGCUCGGCUUCAAACUAUUCAUCCCCUACGUAUGGCCCGUCAACAACCGAGGAUUGCAAAUUCGCGCGGCGCUUGUCGGUGUUUGUCUUCUUGCCAACAACGGGCUCAACGUAUUGAUCCCCACUCAACUCGGCACUGUCAUGGACACCCUCACAAAGUCAUACCAGGGCAACAAUGAGCCAGCAAGCUUAUGGGACAGCCCUUGGGUCCAGGUUCUCAUCUUUGCAGGGCUCAAGCUGAGCGCAUCCGAGGCUGGCAUCAGCCUGCUCAGGCGGAGGCUGUGGAUGCCUGUCGAAUUUUACGCCGACCGUGCCAUCACUGAAGCCGCGCAUUCUCACGUCAUGAAUCUGGAUGCCAACUUCCACGACACACAGAGCCUAUCAGAUGUCCUUGUGGCCAUCCAAAACGGCCAAAGCAUAAGCAAUAUGCUCGAGACCAUUUGUUUCGAAGCCCUGCCGAAUCUCAUCGACUUGGUUGUCGCUUUCAUCUAUCUGACCUUCAAGUUCGGCCCAUACGAAGGACUCAUCACAAUCAGCACUUCCAUUGUCUUUCUGUACAUCUCGACCACCGUCAUAGCGCGCCUACGCUCCGCCCGUGAGACCGAGAUCUCGGCGUACUUUGAGGAGCACUAUGUCUUGCAGUCAGGGAUAUCGGGUUGGACGACUGUCAGCUCAUUUAACCAGGUUCAAUACGAGGAGAACCGGUAUUCCUCAGCGGUCCAGGACAGAAUCGCAAAGCAGAAGGUUGUCUGGGUCGGCUACUAUGCUGCCCAUGCUUUUCAAUACCUCGUGCUUCUCGGUGGUCUGCUUGCAGGCUUGUUCCUGGCCGUAUACCAGGUCUCCCACAAGAUGACCACUGCUGGAGACUUUUUGACGCUUCUGACCUAUUGGUCCCAGCUAAUGGCACCUCUCAACUUCUUCGCCAGCCUGGGCCGCAAUAUUUCUCGCGACUUGCUCCAGGCCGAACGACUCCUCGAUAUCAUGCAGACAAAGUCUAGUGUCGUCAACAAACCCAAUGCGCCUUCUUUCCAAUUUACUGCAGGGUCCGUCGAUUUCAAGGGCGUCAAUUUCUCGUACGACAACAAGAAGCAGGUUCUGAAGAACGUCAACUUCUCCGUGGAUCCAGGACAGACCAUAGCGUUUGUGGGACAGACCGGCGCUGGCAAGAGUACUAUCCUGAAGCUACUGGACCGCUUCUACGACGUAACCGAAGGUGCCAUCGAAAUCGAUGGCCAGGACGUUCGCGAGGUCGAUCUACACAGUCUUCGGGCCAACAUCGGCGUAGUCCCACAAAACCCCAGCUUGUUCAAUGACACCGUCAUGAAUAACAUCCGGUAUGCGAGGCUCGAAGCAACCGACGAGGAAGUUCACGAAGCAUGUCGCGCCGCAGCUAUCCAUGACCAAAUUAUUGGCUUUGCAGAGGGUUAUGACACGCGCGUUGGAGAACGUGGUAUGAAGUUGUCUGGCGGAGAGCUCCAGAGGGUGGCGAUCGCCCGGGCGAUCCUUAAGCAGCCGAAGAUCGUAUUACUUGACGAGGCAACGAGCGCGAUCGACACCGAGACAGAGUUCCAGAUUCAAAAAGCACUCCGCCGCCUUUGCAAAGGUCGUACCACAUUCAUCGUGGCUCACAGAUUGUCCACUAUUGUCAACGCCGACCGGAUCGUUGUGGUUAUGAACGGUGAGAUCUCGGAAGAAGGCAACCACGAAACGCUCAUAUCAGCCGGUGGAAAGUAUGCCGAGCUGUGGUCCAAGCAGAUCUUUGUCAAGCCAAAGGAGCCAAGCCCGGAUGCUGAGGGAAACACAGGCACCGAGGACGGCCGGAACACGUCGAAGCUAACAACGGCGGAUGGUACCGUGACAGACGAUGAAGUAUCUCCUGAAAACGGCGUGAAGCAAUCCACGGAGGUCAAGACACCGUCGGGGCACAAGAAAGAGGUAUAGAUGCCGCUGAAGAAUCAUUAUUAUAUGAAUUCUUUGGCAGUCUCUAAUUACCUGUGCCUCGUAGGGAUCGAAGCUGAACCCGGGCGCCGCCGAGUUCACUCCACGCUCUCUUGCUGCCGGGCCAUCCGGGGCCCACAGCCCGGUGCCCAGGUUCGACAUGGGCAGCCAUACACCAGUGCGCAUCACAGCACCGAAGGUGGAUACGCCGACGAAGGUCAAUGCGGCCCAGGAGUCUGUGAAUACCCUCUCGCCGGCACCUGUGAUGAUAACAUCAGCCACACCACUCAAGAUCCCCACUGAGGGCGCCCCUGUUGUGUCGCUUCCCCGCCCGACCAAGCGCUCCUGGACCCAGGAUACCUCUGAGGGGAGUGUCGACAGCGGCGUUUUGGCCGUCAAAGACACCAGAAAGCCAGCGGUCGAGCCGGCGAACCAGAAACAGAAGAAGCAGCCCCGGAAAGUCAGCUAUAAGAUACCCCGAUACACCGGCAACCGUCGGAACCAGUCUCGAAGUGAGCCGUCCGACAGCAAUGUCAAGCCUUAACUUUGAUGAUGGGUGAAUGGGUGGAAACAUCGCAUACAUAGAUCAGGCAAUCCCAAAAGAGAGGAGGACCUAUGGGUAUCAUUGAGAUAUGACCAAAUGCAAUAGCAUAGGCAAAGUGAGGGACAGGGUUGCAUCUUUAUGCUUGCCUGCAUUGGCAUUUUAUGAUUUAGACCUUGCUAUUCAAACAUUGAAAGGCGUUUUGGUGACGACUGGAGGAUGAUUUAUUCUAGCAAGAAUACCAUUACCUAUUGGUCUCAG